UGUGUGAUUCGUGUCGUAUUUGUUUGUGAAUGUGUAAAUUAAAUCAAAAAUGCCUCUUAUAAUAAUUUGUGGAACGCCAGUUAGCGGGAAAACCUCUCGAGCUGUGGAACUGAAGAAGUUCUUUGAAACAGAACACAAGAAAGCCGUAGUAAUUGUAUCCGAAGAUGAGGCGAUUGCGAAGUUAGGUUAUGAGAAGAACACAGCGUAUUUGGACUCACAAAAAGAGAAAAGGAUCCGGGGAUACCUGAAAUCUGAAGUUAUAAAGCAUAUAGGCAAAGAUAAUGUCGUUAUAUUGGAUGGCAGUAACUACAUUAAAGGUUACCGUUAUGAACUGUACUGCGCGUCAAAAGCUUCAAAGUCUACACAAUGCACCAUAUACACCAUCCGGAACCAUCAAGAGGCAUGGGAGGCGAACCUUGAGAGGACAAACCGUAGCAUGAACACUGGAGAACAGGUGGCUGAAGUCUCUUAUACACAGGAAGUUUUUGAUGCUUUGACUAAAUUAAGAUUUGAAGAGCCAAAUUCGAACAACCGGUGGGACAGCCCACUGUUCACAGUGCAACCUACUGACAAGUUGGAUCUGGAUGCCGUCUACAAGGUGCUGUUCGAGAAAAAACCACCCCCUCCUAAUAUGAGCACACAGAAUCCACCAUUAUCAUCAACGAAUUUCCUCUACGAGCUCGACAAAACCACGCAAGCGAUCUCACAGCACAUCCUAGAAGCAAAGAAACUAGGAAUAGACGGAGAAGUGAAAUUCCCUGAUUACCCAGGCUGUAUGCUAGAAGCUGGGUUCACACAGAAUGUCAACCCACAGAAUUUACUGAGGUUACGAAGACAGUUUCUGACGUAUGCUAAAAUGAACCACUCGAAUGAAGCAGCCAGCACGAUUGGUAGAUAUUACAUACAGUAUUUGAAUAAAAGUUUGGUUGAUUGAAGAUUUUGA